UGAUUAUUUGUUCUCCGGUCACGCGUUCGUUCUACGCUAACGAGUCCAUCGUAUUCUUCCGCUUUAUUAGCUGACCUCCUUCCAUUUCCGAAGCGAACGAGGUCUCCACUUUUCAAAGAGACCAACUAGGGUUACAGGAUGCAGAUAUUCGUCAAGACUCUUACGGGGAAGACAAUCACCCUCGAGGUCGAGAGCAGCGACACCAUUGACAACGUCAAAGCGAAGAUCCAGGACAAGGAGGGGAUACCGCCGGACCAGCAAAGGUUGAUUUUUGCAGGGAAACAACUGGAAGAUGGCCGAACCCUUGCUGAUUACAACAUUCAGAAAGAAUCCACUCUUCACCUUGUUCUCAGGCUUAGGGGCGGGAUGAUGAUUAAAGUGAAGACACUAACGGGGAAGGAAAUCGAGAUUGACAUCGAGCCCACCGACACAAUUGACAGGAUCAAGGAGAGGGUAGAAGAGAAAGAAGGAAUUCCACCUGUACAACAAAGGUUGAUCUAUGCAGGCAAGCAGCUAGCCGAUGAUAAGACUGCUAAGGAGUACAACAUUGAGGGCGGCUCUGUUCUUCAUCUCGUGCUUGCUCUGAGGGGUGGUUGAUACAGAUUUUUUUUUUUUAAUGUCCUCAGGGUGGUGAUUCUACUGUCGUUCCAUAAAUGGUCUACAACACUCCAAAAACUGCAGUGAACAUUGUUGCUCUUAACAGCAGAUAUUGUUGGCCUGGCUGAUUUUACUACUUUUUAUUAUAUAAAAAAGAACAUCUCUUCAAAAGACCA